AUGGACACAUACACGCGGCCUGUAGCGCCAGAGAGUGCAACAUAUCCAGACAUAACGAAUGCCGCAUUGCCGCAGCGUUACGUGCCUUCCAUCUACCGCUCCGGAAUUGUUCAGCCAACUGGUCGAAUACAUCCUAGUCAAGUGACAGAGAUCCUGGAAUCUCUCGAUACCUACAAUCAGCGUAUUCAACAUCACCCAUAUGAUCCUCAAGCCUGGUUCGAGCGUGGCCGUCGCAUGUGGAUGCUCAACUUCCCUGAGCUCGCAGUCGGCGACAUUUACAAAGCCAAACUACUGCAAGCAGGCAACCCGGAUGCUCAUGAAGAUUUAAAAGAAUCGGUGUAUGAGCUGCUCGCAAUUGCUCUACAAGCUUGUCAUUGUCAAUGGGACGCAGCCGAGAUACUGGAAGAGUCAAUAAUACAUUCUCGGCCAUUGUGGCGUGAGAAGGCUACAGAGAGAGCUGAAGCACUUCGCGAGCUUUUGAACCGAAAAGAGGAGGCUGCAAGGACUUUUGGCGGCACACCUCAUGAGUUGCAAGAUAGAGUGAGAGAUGGCGGAGUGCUUACAGUAGAGUAUCCGUGGACCAUUGAGCGCCAUCUGACGCGUUCAUCAAAGCUCAUUGAGUUGGUGAACGAAGAGCUCGGCGAGGCUGACAACGACGCACCAUGUUUUCUUGGUAAAAGUACCUUGACGAAAGAUCCAGGCGAAGAUAUGCUGGGCAUGUUUGCGGCUCGCGAUAUAAGGGCUGGCGAAUGUAUACUUACAGAUCGAACCGCAACCGGCGUACGCAGUACCCCAUCACCAAACUCCUGUUCCAACUGCUAUGCGCGUUUAUCGAAUGCUCCCAAAGGAGCCACGUGCUGUUCAGAGAGUUACUGCUCCGACCAAUGUCUCCGCCUCGCGAUGAACACCUACCAUGGAGUUUUAUGCGGCAAAGACUUUGAAUGGCUCCAGGCACCUGCUAGAGGCUUGACGCACAACGCCUCACCUCUCCGACCUCUUCUCAUGUUACGAUUGCUGGCAACAUGCGUUCAAGCGGGUGUCAAGUCACCGUUGGAUCACCCGCUGAUUGCACGUCUCAAGCCUCUCGCGAACAAAAAUCAUCUUGAUGUCUUCACCCUCAAUGAAUCCAUCAUCAUCCCAAUCAAGAUCUUACAGCAACUCGGUGUGGAUGUCUUCGCAAACCGCAACUUCGAUACUGAGGUUCUUCAUUCCAUCUGGACGCGCCUGGCAAACAACAAAGCUGGAUCUCCGGAUCCCCGGCUUGGCUUCGUUGAUGAAAUCACACCUCAUUUGCCGUUGUUCAAUCACAGCUGCGCGCCGAACGUGGAGUGGAGAAGAGAAACUGGAAGUACGACUGUGCGCUUUUUCGCGAUCAAGCCAGUGACGAUGGGAAAGGAAUUAUUCUGCAGCUAUGUGAACGUUGAUGGUAUAUUGGUGGAGCAGAGGCAGGACUUGCUGUCGCCAUGGUUUGAAGGGCCGUGUUUGUGUUCCAGAUGCACGGAGGAGAUGGCCUAG